AUGUCGAUGUUCCGGGCCAAGAAGCUCGAUCUGGGCUGCUUCAUCAACAUCAAGACCAUCCGCGACCACUCUAAGAGGAAGGCAUUUGCCCAGCACGAGCCCGAAAGACAAGCCCUCCGGUACAUCAUCCGCAACACCACUCUGCCCGCGCGAACCCGGGCCGAGGCCCAGCUGCAGUUGACACGGAUGCACUGCUAUACGCGACCGACACAGAUCCGAGGACGAUGUCUGCUGGGUGGCAAGGGACGAGGUAUUCUGCGCGACUUCAAGAUGUCAAGAUAUAAUUUCAGAAUGCAAGCUUUAGAGGGCAACAUUCCUGGCGUGCAGAAGGCCAGCUGGUAG